ACAGUCGUCGGCGUGAGCUUUCACUAGCAGAUAGAUAGGAUUCCUGAACUUUACCCAAUGCCCCUAUAUAUACCCCACGAGUGUUAUCCAACAAACUACACUCGCGCAGCGGCCGCCCCUAUAUAUACCCCACGAGCGGAGCAGAGAACGACAGACAGACACGGAUAGCGGCUAGCACAGGCAUCAAAAUCCAGUUCGAAUAGCUUGAAACAGAGGAGGCCGGGUGAACUCUGCUCGAUCCUGCUCGGUGGGCAUCUCUCAGAUUAUAUAACUUCAUCAACCAUGGGUCGUCCUGAUUCGGAGGCGCCGGCGUCGAGCGUUGCCUACGGAGGCAGCGGAGGCGCGGCGGCGCCCGCGGGGGCGGGGGCAGACUCGGCUGUCGAGACCAACGUGGUGAUCAUCCUUGCCGCGCUCUUCUUCGCGCUGCUCCUCGUCAUCGGCCUCAACUUAAUGGUGCGGUGCGCGCUCCGGCGCGUCUGGCGCGGGGCCGCGGCCGCUGCCGGCGAGGGUCGGGCGUCGGCGCGGGUGGCCUGCAGCGGCAGCGGCAUCAAAAGGCGCGUCCUGAGGAUCCUCCCCGUGGAGGUGUACGGCUCCGGGGAGGACAUCGACGACGUGUGCGCCAUAUGCCUGAGCGAGUUCGUGGACGGCGAGAAGGUGCGCGUGCUGCCGCUCUGCGGGCACGGCUUCCACGUCCGCUGCGUCGACGCCUGGCUGGUGUCGCACGGCUCCUGUCCCACGUGCCGGCAGCCGGUCAUCGAUGGCGCGCCCGCGAAGGCGGCAGACACGAACACGGUCAUCACCGUUGUCAUCGUGUGAGUCCGUCUCGCGGCGAAGCAUGCCAUUGCUGCCGGUACAGCACACUCCUGCAUGCGCAGGCGAUUGUGGAAGUUUCCGACAACGAUUGCUAUGAUUGUUAGGCGCAAUGCCCAAUUGCUCAUGUAAAUAUUCGACAAUGAGUACAAAGUUUUGCUGAA